CUUUAUGAGCUCAUUUUGAGUGGCUAAUGAUUUGUUUUAAUGUCUGCUUGUUAAUUUUGAAAAAUUUAUUUAAUUGUGAAGAGUGCAGAUUUAAGUGGAUCAUUUUUGCUCGUAGAAACAUUUCCUGAGAUAAAUUGUAAUUAAUUUUUAUCAUUAAUCAACAGAAACAAUUGUCUACCGCUUUAAUUUCAUUUCAUGUUCCGGUUUUUCAAGUAAAGGUUUAUCACUUUGUUUUAUCAGAUGAUAAAAAUGAACAAUGAUGUUUACCUGUUUAUAUUUUUGCGUGAUUUCGUGUUUAAUCAUAUGUGUUUAGCCAUGUUCAGAUAUUUAUCUAAACGAUUUGGUCGACAUCAGAACCAUUCAACGAAACCUCUAAUUGAAUCAGAUGCCAAUAAUAUUGUUGUCUAUCCAUCAAAUAAAUCCAAUUUGAAAAAUUUCCUUGAGUGUAAAAUACAGCUUUUAGAUGGAAAUUUAAUAACUAUUUAUGUUUGUAAAAAAGCCAAAGGAAGUGUUUUAUUUGAGAUAUUAUGUGAACAAAUUGACUUGAAACAGGAAUGUGACUAUUUCGGAUUACAAUUUACUGACCAUGCAUCCAUUCAACACUGGCUUGACACCACCAAAUCCAUCAAGAAACAAGUGAAAAUUGGGCCACCUUAUACUUUUCACCUGCGAGUUAAAUUUUAUUCAUCUGACCCUAAUAAUUUGAAAGAUGAAUAUGUGCGUUACCUCUUCUUUUUACAGUUGAAAAAUGAUUUAUUAACAGGCAAACUGCCCUGUGCUCCAGAAAAUGCAGCAAAACUUUGUGCACUAAGUCUUCAAUCAGAGUUUGGUGACUUUGAUGAAGAUCAACAUGAUAUCAACUUUGUUUCAUCUUUUAAAUUUAUUCCCAAUCAAAAUGAAAGUAUAGAAAGAAAAAUAAUUGAGGAAUGGGACCGAUUGAAGCCUAAACAGGUUCUGGAUAAUAAAAUGACUGACAAAGUUUCCAUUACGUCGACAACAUCAAUGAACCCAGCCAAUGCUGAAAAAGCCUUUCUAAACAAAGCAAAAUGGCUUGAAAUGUAUGGUGUGGACAUACAUACUGUUCUUGGAAAAGAUGGAAAUGAAUAUUCCUUAGGUUUAACACCAACUGGUAUUCUUGUAUUUGAAGGAACAUCAAAAAUUGGGCUAUUUUUCUGGCCAAAAAUCAUCAAAUUAGAAUUUAAAGCAAAAAAGUUAAUAUUAGUUGUUGUUGAGGAUGAUGACAGUGGUCGCGAACAAGAGCACACAUUUGUUUUCAGAAUGCCAACAGUAAAGUCAUCUAAACAUUUAUGGAAGUGCGCUGUUGAACAUCAUGCCUUCUUCCGUCUUAAAUCUACACAAAUUAAUCAACCAGUUUACCAGAAAAGAAAUUUAAUGAGAAUGGGAUCUCGUUUCAGGUUCUCUGGUAGAACUGAGUUCCAAGCAACUCUUCACCAAGAAAAAGUCAAAGAGCCAGAAAGAAAAUUUGUAAGGAAACCUUCACAAAGGUAUACCAGCUGUAAAAGGAUUAAUACAAUAGACGCAAACAUUAAAAACAACGAAAGAAGUAAUGCAGCUAAAUUGUCAUUAAAUAGUUCCAAGAUUACCAAUAAUUCAUCGGAUGGUGAACCAAAAAAGAAGCAAUAUUCUGAACUGAAAAGUAAAAAAUAUUUAGAAACAAAGAAUUUGAAUUCUGAUGUUGAAAGCAAAAAUAAAAAGAAACCAGAAAGAACCAAUAUCUUGGCAACCUUUGAUAUGACCAAAACAAGCGAACCAGAUGUUGCAAAGGAAAAACCAGAAACACCCGAAAGUAGAUUAGAUAAAUUAAUAAAAUCUGUGACCGAACAUGGCCCAAUCAUAACACCUGAAGCUGAAAUUUCCUCUUCUAAGGGUUGUCUUACUAUUCCACUAGUCGAUGAUGAGGAUUUUGAUGAUGAGGAGGAAGAAAUAAAACUUGAAGUCCCCAAGGGUACUAAUCCAUUUUUAACCAAUGAUAUUGAACCGAACUGUCCUGUGGAACUUGCGGAUUCAGCAAAAGUGAUUUUAAAAAAUGAACCAGCCUUUAAAAAAUUGCAAGUUACUAAUGAGGAAAGUGAAGAGUUCCUUGAAAAUGAUAAAAUUGAAUUAGAUACUGAUAAACCGAUUUUGGGUGUAGAGACUCAAUCUUCCAAUUCAGAAAAGUUAAACAAUCAUCGAACGUCUUCAAUACAUAUUGAUCAUGACCAGGAGAAUGAUAAUAAUGAUACAAUGAACGAAGAAGAUGAAUCACUUUUAACUGAGACUUCAUUUGCAACAAUAAUUCCCAUUACCAUGUCAAUUUCGUUACCCAAAACAUCUAUAAUAUCACCUCAACCAUCGCCAAUCAAACAUUAUCGCCCAUCAUCUAAAUUAAUUGAUGAAGUGGAUAAAGAGGGACGGAAAAAUCUUCCGAGACGGUCAAACACCACAAUAUCUAAAAGCAGCAUAAUUUCAACUGAGCUGUGAAUGCAAUUGUCGCAUCUCUAUUUUUAUUUUUAAGUCAUUCUAGAUCUCUUAAUUGUGUUUAUACAUCUCAUGUGAGCCAUUGAUGAAUAUGCAGAUUUAUCAAACAUUUUUUAAUGUUUAUGUUUUUUUGUAUUUGUGUUGUUCAUCAAUUAUCUAAUGUCUUUUAGUAAGAAUAAUCAAGUGUUUCUAUAUUUUCUUAAAAAUAGUAAUCAAUCACUGUAAUUAGGAAAUCAAGAUGUUCCUCUUCACCUUCUUUGGUUACUUCAAAAUCGUCUUACUAACAAUGCCUUUAAGGAAAGUUCAAAACUAAAUGAAGCCUUGCCUCGAUCAAAAAUCUACCCAAGUCGCCUAAUUUGAUUGAAAGCAUCAAGUGUAGUCAG